AAAAUCUGUGAACCCUCAUCAAACAACUAGCUGUAUGCUGCAGAAAGUCCACCAUGAAUAAAUAUAGCAGGCAACGCCAGAUCGGCGAAGGAGCCUUUGGGAAAGCGGUGUUGGUGAAGAAGAAAGACUCUGCUAAACAGUAUGUUAUCAAGGAAAUAAACAUCAUGAAGAUGUCACCCAAAGAGCGAGAUGAAGCUAGAAAAGAGGUUGCUGUGUUGGCUCAGCUGAAACACCCAAACAUUGUGGCAUAUGUUGAAUCAUUUGAAGAAAAGGGAACUUUGUACAUUGUCAUGAACUAUUGUGCUGGAGGUGAUUUAUAUGGAAAAAUAAAUGAAAGAAGAGGUCAGCUGUUCUCCGAGGACCAGAUUCUAGAUUGGUUUGUUCAGUUGUGUCUGGCUAUCAAACACAUUCAUGACAGGAAGAUACUUCACAGAGACAUCAAGUCACAGAACAUCUUCCUUACCCACACUGGCACUGUUCAGCUUGGGGACUUUGGUAUAGCAAAAGUUUUAAACUCGACUGCCCAGCUAGCCCACACCUGCAUUGGUACACCUUAUUAUUUAUCUCCUGAAAUUGUAGAGAACAUGCCUUAUAAUAACAAAAGUGAUAUAUGGUCUAUGGGUUGUGUACUAUAUGAGCUAACCACACUGAAACAUGCAUUUGAAGCUUCUAAUAUGAAAAAUUUGGUGCUAAAAAUUAUCAGGGGAAGUUACCCUCCUGUUCCUCCACAGUUCAGUUACGAUUUAAGGGGCUUGAUAGCCCAGCUGUUUAAAAGAAAUCCAAGAGAUCGUCCUACUGUCAAUUCAAUUUUAAGGAAAAAUUUCAUCAUGCAGCGAGUUAGAAGGUUAUUGUCUGCUGAGGAUCUACAGGAUGAGUUCAGUCACACAGUCAUGCACGGCCACAAAAUUGCCAAAGCUUUACCACCUGCACCCAAGCCUUCUGCAGAUCCGAUUAAAAAACCCGCCCCAAGUCCUCGACCUGGGUCUGCAGGUAAAAAAUAUGACCCAGCCGCAGUCUAUGGUGCACCAUUGAACUCUUCAAGAAAUAGACUGUCUGGUGAAAAGAAAAGGCCAAGUACCCCAGGGAGAGCAGUUCCAAUACCUGGGCAGAUGGACUGGGAAAAGAAGAAAAAAGAAAAACUAGAUCAGGAUGAAAGACGUAAAGCAGAGAUGAGAAAACGAGAACAAGAGGCUAAUGAAAGAAAACACAGGGAGUUUAUUGAAAGACAAAAGAUGGCAAGGAUAAACAAGGCUAGAGAGGAAGGCUGGAAGCAGGUCGUUGACCCGUUCUAUAUAGAGGAGAAUCGUCCAGUGACCCCAAAAAAUGACUUUGCCAAACCUCCUCGACCCUUACCUGUACCAAAAGUAAAUAAUGACAACAGAGACAGGGGAAACUACGAAGCCUACAAUCAGUUUUUGAACAAGCUGCAUCAAGACAGGCAAACUCCAUCCCCUGGGCCAGCACGGAAUCCAAACCAUGUUGAUGUUGUCCACAUGGCCGUCCCGCGACCUGUCCCACAACAAAGGCCACAGUUCAACAUGGGCCCACUGGGUAUCCCAGCAGUAGUGGACCAGGCAGGUCGAGACAGGCAACUUGGUGCCCAGGCAGCAGAGAGAGCUCGUGUGGUGGAGGAUUACAUGCAGAGGCAGAGGAUGGCAGCCAUGAAUAAAAUGAGGGCACAGAAUGACCUUUAUGGUGCUUAUCGACCAUCAUCUGCUGACAGACGCACCCCAGUUCCUGCUCCUCAGAGAGGUGGCAGUCCUAAGAACGACAAAGGUCGAGGGGGUGGAGGCGGAGGAGGUGGGGGUGUCAUGGUGGCCAGGAACAGAGAAGAACAGGAAUACCUGGAAAAAUUGCGCCAAAUUCGUAUACAGAACAUGAGGGACAGGCGAGCCAUUCGGGGCGUUAAUGUUGCUGAGGGUGCAUCUAAGAACUCAGAGGAGGCAGAGGAAAGAAAGAAAAAAGUUGAAGCACUGAAGCAACAAGCUGAACAGUGGGCGGAAAUGAAAAAGAAAGAACUUGAACAACAGAGACAAGGAAUAGUUCCAGUGAAGCCGUCAACACCAGCUGUUCCCAUGACAGGAGCCCUGCAGGCCAUAGGAGCCAUCAAUGUUGCCAACAAGCCUUCUGUUGGGCAGGCUGAAGAAAAGCCAGCAGUGCCCCUCACUAAUGCCCUGCAAGCUAUUGCAGCAGAGACAGAGAGACCAAAGAGUAGCCAGCAAGUCAAGAAAGACAACAUUUUGAAGAAGUUAAAUGACAAGAACCCGUCCAGAGGUAAAUGGGGACCACCUGCGUCUCCGGCAGUUACAGAGGAAGAGGAGCGCAGGAAGUGGGGUCCUCCUGCCUCACCUGUGGUAGAACCUGCGACACAGGGGGAGGAAGACAGCAGCAGAUCUCACUGGGGCGGGGGGAAAAACCUGCACCUGAGUCAAGUACCACUGGAGAUGACUGGCUCAAAGAUGGAAGCCACCACACCAAGAGACCAGGUGAUCAGGUUGACAGAGGAGGACAAGGAUGCUCAACGAGGCAGGUGGAAGAGAAAGUCUGAUGUGGUCAAGGCGCUGGACAAUAUGCCCAUAUGCCCAGAUACGGUUGUUCUGUCUGAUCCAUCACAAGUCACAAAUCAGGACCCCCCAGUAGGCGUGGGGGCCACCAUCACCAUCACCCCGAAUGCCCCAUCCCAGGGCGCUACCAUCACCAUCACAGAGCCAGCAGCAGAUAAACCAAAAACUGGUCGACCCUUGCCAAUGCCUCACCGUUCAGGAACCAUUAUCUUAUCUAAAGAAAUGACAGGUAGGAAUGUUCCAGUCAUUGAUGAAGACCACAGGACCAGCACUGAGGUCAAGAAAGAUGAAAUGGAUGGGAAAGACAACUCUAAGCUCAAGGAUGACCUGACAGCAAGCAGUGCUGAAGGUCAAGGUCAGGUCACAGCAAAAACAGUUCAGUUCAAGGACAGAGAAGGUGCUAAGAGUGUUCAGCUGAACUUGACCUCAGGGAACUUUGACCUGAAAAAUGUCAAGCUGCUGAGGACAAUAUCAGAGCCUGACCUGACAAACUUAGCAAAUAUGGACAUGGAGAUUGACCCAGGGAAACACGCCACACUCAGGCGACAUCACAGUCUGGACAUGACAGUUGUACCAGAGAAUGAAGGCAGUGAUGAUGGUGAAGAUGAUGAUUUUGAAGAAGAGGAUAUCCCAAAUUUUGACAAUGAUGAGGAAACAGGCCAGGAUGAAGAUGAUGACGAGGACAUUAAAAGUAUGAUGGAAACAUUACAGAGCAUCAUAGACAGUGAUGAUGAGGAUAAAGAAAAGACCAAAGUCAGCAUACAGAUCUCAGAGGCUGGGGACAUGACAGAUGCCUGCAGACCAGCAAAGGAUAACUCUGAGAAUGUUUCUGAUGAAGAUAACUGUGACGCAGAAAGGGAAAAGUUGGAAGAAGCUUUGGCUCUGGGUAGUGAUGACAGUGACGAUGACACAACAUUUGGUGAUGACGAUGAGGAGAAGGACAACGACCGUUUUGGAAGAGUUGAGCAGUUACGUGCUGAGCUGGAAUCUGACAUUGGUUUAGAAAAGCUGGUCCAAGUUUAUGAAAUCAUCAAGAAAAUGCAGGAAGAUGACAGUGGCACCCUGGGGCAAGGCUCCAACAUUGCUAUAGAAAUCCUGGGACCGUCCAAGGAACAAUUGUUCCCAAAGAUUUUUCAGCUAGUCAUGGCUGAUAUAGCAUUCAAUGAAGAUAACUAGAGGCUGUUCCAUGACUUGGAGAUGCUAGAAAAACUGUUGGUCUCAGACAUGGGAUGACGCCAUGUUUCUAAAUGUUAACAUCUGCUAAUGUACGUCAUUUCUACAUCAUUCCUGUGCUGGACAACUGGACAUUCCAAACAGUUUUUGCUAAAGGUCAAAAUUUGUGUGUCCAUCAUGACAAAUGUUGGACUGUGAUUCGGACAAUUAUGCAAUCUUUUAGAUUUUUUAAGGAUCAUUAUUAAACUGACUUACAAUUUUGUACACCAGGUGAUGACGUAGACUUAUAUUGUGACAUGUAGGCCUAUGAAAACUACAAACAUUAGUUUUUAAGUAAGGUCAGCCCUUACAGUAUUACAUGUAUGCAAUAAAAUAUAUAUCUUGGUUGUAUUGAGGGUUCAUGUCAUUAUUCAUUUCUACUGUAGUUUAAGAGCAGUGAUUGAGGAAUUUUCCAAAUGGUUUAAGAAUUUCAUAAUUGCAAUGCAUUUAUUUUUUUUCAAUGCACUUUUACAAUAGAUAGUAAAAUAGUAAAGAGAUAUUUUUUUAAAAAGAUAUCUGUUAGCUAUAAUUACAAAUGGAUGUCAUAAUCAGCACUGUUAGAUCACCAAUUUAACAUGUUAAGUGUUUUAUUUUGUUGUGAUAUAAUUUCAUCUGCUGCUCUGGUUGGGCUACUGGCCCUUGUUGUAAUAUGUCACUUUUACUUGUAUGUUUCAGUUUUUUUAAUGCUUAAAUAGGAUAUUAAGAGAUUAGAUGAAACUAAUAAAUAUGAAAAGAAAAAUACUUUUUACAAAUUAAGAAAAAUGAAUUAAGGUAGUAAAGAAGAACGCUGAUUAACUAAUUAAGUAAUAGUGUUAACAAAUAGAACUUGUAAUUUUGUGUUGAUGGUAUAGUGGAACUUAAGUAUGUAGUCUUUUUUGAUGUUUUGAGUACUUAACUUUUUCAAACUGUCUUUCAGUGUAAGCCUUAUAAUGUUAAUUUGCACUUUUUUUGUUAUAACUGUUCCGUCCAGAUUAUUUUUUAAUGAGUGGAUUAUUUUGUCGCAAUGGUCAAGUUAUAGAUACUGUAAUAGUUGUUUUUUUUGUUGAUAAAAUGAUCUGGUUAUUGAGUAUAACAAUUAUUGCAUGUUGAAAGCUAUAAAAAGAAAUCCUGCAAACAGAUCUGUUGUCAUUUUAUCACUUGACCAAUCACAAUGAUUGUCACAUUAUUGUUGGUACUAUACAACCAAUGAAAAACCUUGCAGUUUUUCACUGCUAAUUUUGUCUACAAAGCAGGAAAAAAAGUUUUUAAAUUAAGUUUUCUAUAGAAUAUGCUACUAAUGACAAAUAAAAAAAAAUAAAAAUGACAAACUUUUUGGUUUUCU